GCUCGGCUCUCUCUCCGUCUUGCCACGUGUACGUUCUCCUCCUGCUCACUGACCAUUUCUUAGAGUCCAGGUCGGCCUGUCAACUUCGGAUUUUGGACUUGACUCCGGGGACGGAAGCAGCUGAGGGAAGGUGCCCUGCCGUGGGGAGCUAGUGAUGGGCUGCUGCAGCGUGAGUGCCCGGCAGGCUGCAUCUGCAGGGGCACGGCAGGAUGAAGUGGAGCUGCUGGAAAUAGGUGGCAGCAGAAAAUGGUCUAUCUCAGAAGCUCAGAGUGAAAGCUCCCUCCACCUCAGGGACCACGUGAUCACAACAGAGACAGGAGGUAACCUGAUACUAGAUGAAGACGAAGAUGUUCAGGGGAGGAUCAGAGCGCUGAACCCACAGGCAGCAGCGUUGUGGGGGAGAACACGGGCAGAACUAAGGAACUUCCUAUUCGCACAGCCCAUUGCUGGCUGGGAAGGGGAGAGCAUCCACUCCCUUGGGGAAAUAGUAUGGUCCUCGCUGGUCUUUAUGCGCACCUGUCAUAUGGAGGAGAUGUCGGAACGGUACCUCGUGCUGUUCUCCUUCCAGCUGCUGAUUCUAUCGGUGGAUCACAUGCAGAAGACAUUUACCUACCAGGGCCUGAUUCCUCUCGCAGGGAUGAGUGUGAGGGAGGUGCCAAGUGACACAGGCUGCGUGUUUGAAAUUACUGGGUCCAUGAUAGAAUCCAGGAUCAUCUCAUGCCUGAGUCCAGAUGAGUUCCACAUCUGGGUUCUCAGCACCCGGCAUCAUAUCAAGAUGGCCAAUGCUCACUGCUCAGCCUGUCCCAGCAAUAUCCUUAAAUUUCUGGUCCCAUGCGAUGAGCCAUGGAAGAAACGGAAGCUGAUGAAGUAUCUGUCUUACAGCACCAUUCUGAAGUGGGAAGGGAAACCCAUCCAGCACCUAGGACCGAUACACUACCUUGCCAUGGUGCAAGUGGCUUAUGUCAGCACAGGGAACUUUGUAGAAAGGCUGCUGGUGCUGUUUGCAGAAGAUCUGGUUUUCCUCUCCAUAGACAGUGAGAGAGCAGGCAUUGCGUAUGAGGGUAAACUCCCUCUAGCCGGGAUCCAGGCAAAGGAGAAGUCUGCUCUGCUGGGAAGGCUAGAAUUUGAAAUCACAGGAAGCCUGAUGGAGCCAAUCCUGGUCACCUGCUCCACUGCAGAAGAUUAUGAAAAAUGCCUCUUCCACCUGCAAAAGCCCGAGGAAAACCUCGACACUGUGACUGUCCAGCCACCUCCCAUGGUACCGAAGAAAUCGCAGAAGCGUUAGAGCUGUGGAGCCUCUGGAAAAGGCUCGCACCCGGUGACAGCGCUGGUGGGGGAGGCUGAACUAAGCAUGGUCUAAGCAUGCUGCAGGAAGGAGCCCACCACUGGCAAAAUUAGAAAUGGACCUUCGGACUGUGCAAGCUGAUUUGGGAGACUUUGGUCUGAACUUGCCCUGUGGGGUACAAUUCCUGGCUGGACUUAUCCAUUUGUGCACAGAUUAGCUGCUGUUCUCCACAACCUGUUGGAAUCCCAUGGACAUCAUCCCAGGGGGGAGAAAGCCUUCCUGGUUUGAUCACUUUAUUUAUUGGCUGCUGCUUCUUGGAGAGAGAAAUAAUCUAAGGGAUUGGGUAAAGAUGAGGAAUAAAACCCUU